AUGCACUCGGGAGGUGAAAUUGAGUGGCUUUUUCCACCACACACUGGUGAUGAUUCAUCAACAAAGGAACAGCAAGAAACAGAGCUAGUGAAACAAGAAGAUGCCAAUCAUUGCAAAAAGGCUUGUAUGAGCAAGAAGGCUUAUUGGAGCAAGAUGCUGCUUCGGAAAAAACACGAGCGGAAUGUUGGAUCGGAGAUUAAUGAGUUGCUCCAAAGCAGCAAUAAUGAAGUCUCUGGAGCAGCGUCAUCAUCAUCAGAUUCAUCUUAUGAUAAUCAACAAGAGUCUCUUGCCGAUGAUGUAAUAUUGGCUGUAUUAGAUCAACAAUAUUCAUCUACUUCCUCUCAUUUGCAAGGAAUUAAAAUAGAAGAGAUUUUUAUGGAUGAUUAUGUUGAAACAUCAAAUACAUCUUUGCCUUGCCGAUCUCAAACAAACACAACCUCAUCAUCCUCAUCAUCAACAAAUGGCAGCAAAGAUUCUCAACCAACUUGUACAAAACCCAAAGCAGAAAUUAUUUUGGAUGACUUGAAUGAUCGUCACAGACAAAUGAUGCACAUCGUGAAAGGUGUGGAUGCUGUUGCACACAAUUUUAACUUAGCUCCUACUACUCCAGAUCAACGAUAUCUGAAUCACUAUAUCCGUGACAAUGAUGAUUGUAGCUCUAGCUCUACAAAUUACUCAAACGGAAAAGCCAGAACGUUAAGCGAUCAAGAAAGUGAUUUCAGCUCGGAAAGAGGAGAUUUUGAAAGAGAGGUAUUCUUUCAGUUCUCUAAUGACCACCUUAACAACUAUGUGUUUCUACCCGAUGAGUUGUGUUACAAAAUAUUUUCCUAUCUCGAUUAUGAAUUCGUAGUUUUGACAAUUUCUUGUGUAAAUAGACAGUUUUUAAGCGUUAGUAACAGUGGAGGAUUUUGGAUUCCUUUCAUCAAAUCAAGAAAGUGUUCCGAAUCCAUCAAUAUUUUAUCACAUUAUCUGUACAGUGCUCCUUCGAUUCGUCCACUAACUCAACAAUCCAAAACAGAAGAUAUAACAACUAAUAUCACAACUGAGACAGCAACAGAUCCUACAGAACAAGAAAUCACAGACAAUAUUCCAACAAUAUCACAAACAACAGACGUAGUUUCAUCCCAUGCUUUGAAUCAUGAUCCAGUCAAUCACUUGACAAUUUAUAGAACACUCUUCUUGAGCUUCCUGUACCACAAACGUAAUUUGAAGCGAUGGUUCUUCAUCACAGAGGCCAAUUAUUAUUUAUUGUUUUUAGCUCCAUUGACUUUGCUUACUUUCCUUUUCCUUGCCUCAUACGUAUUUCCUGUAUUUCCUCAAUUUUACAAGUUAAAUUUAUUUCAAGACAACGUCGAAAAGUCCAUUCCUAAUCCAUCACUAUUAACUGAUAAUCCACUUACUCGUAGACCUACCAUAUAUAUAGAAGGUAUUGGAGAAACAUUUUCUAAAUUUGCACUUGGUGUAUUUGGACUUUGCGUAUUGUUAAUUAUUUGCUCGUUUUUAUUAAUUAAGCCCUUAACAACGAGAGUGCUAAAGGCCUACAGCCUAACAAAUAUUCCUCCAGAGGAUUGUUCAAUGCUCACUAAAUCCAUUAUAUCCAAGAUCAAACAAUCAGACUCAGAGAAGACUUUAAUUCGAUCUCCAACUGAAGUGCUCCCACUCUCUCUUCGAAAAAAAUUAUUCAGAAAUAUUUUAGGACACGAAAUGCUUUGGACUCAGGAACAUUAUGUGAGAAAUAUGAUGCUAUUACCACUAUUAAUUUGUAUUCUAUCAGUCAUGUUGAAAAAUUUUAUUUAUAUUCCAGUUAUCUCAGAGAGUUAUCAUGUAGUAUUAAGCUCACCUGCCUAUUUAAUCAUUUUAGUUCUUAUCAAAAAACAUUGGUACAUGGUUUUUAAAACACAAGGAUUCUUUUCCAUACUGAUUUGCUAUUCAUGUUUCCACUUUUUAAUGAAUCAACUCAAGUGGGAUAUGCUGAUUAGACCAAUGUUCUAUUUUCUCGGCCAAGUCGUUGGAGUGUGGGCAUACAUCAUUCUCAACUUUUGGGUAUUGGGAGGACCAGAUAGUAGUGGUAUUCCAUGUGCAAAUUAG